AUGAGUUUAUCAUCAGCUUGUCAACCAACAGUUACUGGUACUAGUUUCCGUUGGGAACCAGCCGGAAUUACAGUAGCUGGCACCACUGGGGUGGCGGGUGUUUCCCAAGAUCUAUUGAAUCUUCCUUACACUUUGGCAUUCGAUUCGACCAAUUCACUAUAUAUCUGUGAUCACUUUAAUAGCCGAAUUCAAAAAUGGGUUCUGGGCGCUUCAAAUGGUACCACGGUUGCUGGCCAACCAAAUGGAGCACUUGGUUCGAGUGCUGCCCAUUUAUAUCGUCCUGCCGGGAUUGCCUUAGACUCGAAUGGAAAUGUACUCGUGGGUGAUACCUAUAAUCAUCGUGUUCAAAUGUGGCAGCAAGGCGCAUCAUCGGGUACCACGAUAGCUGGAGCAACAGGUAGUUUUGGCUUGCCAAAUGACCGACUGUAUAAUCCGUUUGGCAUUGCACGUGAUCCAAGAACUGGUGCACUUUAUAUUGCUGAUCGUGAAAACCAUCGUGUGAUGAGCUAUUUACCUGGCUCAUCGUCAGGUACCGUUGUUGCUGGUGGGAAUGGACCUGGUGUGAAGAAUACGCAGCUCUACCUGCCUAUUGCUGUUCGUUUUGAUAUGUCAACAGAAAGCCUUGUGAUUCUCAACUACGGAGCAAACAAUAUAGUGCGUUGGAAAUUGGGAGAAAGUAAUGGGACACAUGUUGCUGGAAAUAUACACGGUGGCUCUGGAGUAACAUCAAUGCAUCUCAACGGUCCUGUCGAUAUGGUUCUUGAUCAUUGGGGCAACAUUUAUGUAGCAGAUACCAACAAUCACCGUAUACAAUUUUUCAAAGCUGGAGAAACAAACGGAACAACUCUUGCUGGUAUUACGGGCGCAAUCGUUAAAGUAACAUUUCACGAAAAUAAAAUAUGA